CUUCUGACGUAGAUUUAUUGUAAACACGUGUGGGGGGGAAAAUGGGAAAAGAGAAAAAAGAGAAAAGAAAAUCUGAGGGUGGCGAAGAAGUAGAAGAAAAGGAUGGUAAAGAGGCGUGGCUAGAAAAAACAAAGUAUCUGAGUCCGAUAUCGAAACCACUUGCCCCUAGAAAACUCACCAAAAGACUUUACAAAGUAAUCAGAAAAGCCCAGUCAAAGAAGAACAUUGUGUCUGGAAUAAAAUUUGUACAGAAAAGUAUUCGAAAAGGAGAUCAUAAUGGGAUAAUGAUUCUGGCUGGUGAUGUUUCUCCAAUAGAUGUUAUCUCACAUAUUCCUAUUCUUUGUGAGGAAAACCAGAUCCCAUACUGUUAUGUUCCAUCUAAAACAGAUCUUGGUGCUGCCUGUGGAAACAGAAGAUCUAUGAGUCUGCUGAUUGUGAAACCUAAUGAGGAUUACAAAGAACUGUUUGAGGAGUGUAAAAAUGAAGUAGAAAAUCUCCCCAUGCCAGUCUGAGAUAGAUGUAUCUGGCCUUGCCAGGAACUAAGGCCAGGAACUAGGAGGAAAUCAUCGCAGAUUUUCAUUUUUUGUCAAAACAUUUUCAGACUCAUUAAUUCCAUAAGAUGUUUCUUUUCAUAACUAAGAAUGUACAUAUUGUUAAGAUUGUAAUACAUACAUGUACAUGUAUAUCUUGUUAAAAAAUGAGAGAUGUUAGGUAGGAUACAUCUUUAUGAGCUUCAUAAUUCAUCAAAUAUUGUAUGUUUAUGAAAUGUAUUACUCUAUUGAAAAUUUUACAAUUCUGUUGGUGAAAAUAACUAAAAUGUCACAAUGUGACAUGCUAAUGGUAAAGAAUACCUCUAGAUGUACAAGAGAAACUGUUUUGACUAGAGAUUAGCCCUGUAUUAUGGGUUUAUUAUUGUCCAGAUUAGUCUUAUACAGUGAGCUUAAGCUAAAUAAAAACCGAAAACUUUUA